CCAGAGAAGAUUUUCCUGUUGUGCGCGGGUCAGCGACCGAGGCAACGAGAGAGAGAGAGUGAUUGAUUGUUUGAUCUCGGGGAGACUGUCUAUGGCUGUGCUGCCUCCCGGCCAAAGCGGGUGGUGGAGCAGUAGCAGCAGCUCGCGAGUCGCCCCCUGCUGCCUCGAGUUUAUCCAAACUCAGCGUGACACGCACUCCCGCGUCCUUUUCCCCGCACGUGCGUCUGAACUGACGCUCACGUCUGUUCGGGAUAAUUCGCCUGUCAUUACUGGUCAUUACUACCCUCGAAGGUGGUGUUCGAGUUUCAAAUUCGGCUCGUGGUCUUGAUCGUAUAUAACCAUCCGUGCUGUUCGUCUACGGCCGGAGCUCAGAGUUGCUGCCCCCUUGUGCCGUGGAUUUUGGCUCGGGAAGGACGUAAGUGCACUGUCGGAGAGCUUUCUGCGUCGAAGUCGUGGACUCUUCUUGCGUGGAGGCGUGGGUUUGGAAGAAGGAAAGAAGGAACGAAGGAAGGCGGGCUGAGACGCAGGGCAAGAAUGAUGGACAGACCGAGCUGGGAAGCAUUGAAGAUUUAGCGCAGGGAGGCCAAAGAAGUGGUGCAUGGUGCACCGGAUGAAGCAGAGAUUGUGCGCGUGUCGAUAGAUUGGGUCUGGAGUGGACCGGGGUGGGCGGGCAGAGAAUGGAGAGCGGGUUUUCGGCAUUUGGUUAGGCAAUUGAAAGUUUCUCGAUAAUGAUAUCAGGGGAGGAAUGGGUGGCGAAGACGGCUGGAUCAGCCACCUGGGUUGCUCUGGCUAUCGUGAUCUGCUGUUAUCUGCUGCGCCUUCUCAUUCGGUCCGGCGUCACAUUUGCUGUGUUUUCUUACAAAGCCAGUGCACCCACACCCGAACGAGUACCUGAAGUAGUCAAUCAAGUUACUAUCACCGAAGAGGAUCUGCGAAAACUUAUAGAAAAUUUGAAAGGAAAAGAUGAAGUCGGCGAAUCGCCUUGGGAGCCCGCUUUCCAGAAGAAGACCAAGACGAUGUCUUAUGUUGCCAAGCGCCGGGAUCCGAAGGACGGUGGUCCCACUCAGUAUCUGAGCUGCACUAUUUUUGAGAAUGUGACGAGCGAGCUGGUUCGCGAUUUCUACAUGGACAAUGAUUACCGAAUGAUCUGGGAUAAGGCAGUUAAGCAGAGUCAGCAGUUGGAAAUCGAUGAAGCAACAGGGGUGGAAAUCGGGCGCAGCGUGAAAAAAUUUCCAUUUUUCGCACCCAGAGAGUACGUCCAGACUUGGCGUGUGUGGGAGGGGAAUGACAAGACGUUCUAUUGUUACAUCAAGAAAUGUGAGCACAAAUCAUUUCCAAGGCAGCGCAAGUUUAAGCGUGUAGAGACUUACAAUUCGGGUUGGAGGAUACGAAAUGUGCCAGGCAGAAAUGCUUGCGAAGUUACGCUCAUACAUCAAGAGGAUUCGGUAUCGGGGAGGGAGCUGGAUAAAGCGGGAUUUGGUAGUGGAAUCUGGAACUUCAUGGUAAAAAUGGAGAAAGGUUUGCGUCUCUUUGCCCUGACAUCGCGUACCCUCCAUCAAAGCAAAAACGCGGUUUCCCUUGCGCAAAAGGUGCCAACACAUCUGGAGGAAAUUAUGGAUGAGUCGUCUAGCUCUGAUUUGAGCCCUUUGGGAGAAUCAAGCUUGUCCUGUUUGACAAGAACCAGGUCUAAAAGACAACUGGCUAAGGGGCUUCUAUUACUAGGUGGUGCUGUGGUGGUCAUGCGUGGAUCCUCUUCGGUUGGAGCAAGACUUGCUGCUGCUUGUAUUGUAAAUCGGGUUAUCAGACCACAAAAUUCCUUGACCUCGCUACUUCGCAGAUCUCCAUCUAAAUCCUUAUGAGACAAGAAAGAAGCCUUAGUUUCUCAUUUAGAGCGAUAAAAUCAUCUCGGUACAAAGAGAUGUAUGAACACUUGUAAGGGAGAAUGUUGCAAAAGUGCCUUCCUUCUGGAUUUUGGUAAUCAACGAAAGUGCGUUGUCUUCCGUCUAGCAGUCUCGUGUUGAAGUUGUAAGACUGCGUUUUAAAAUGAAUUUCGAAGGAGUGGUUCAUGUCAACGGCUAGUCGAAUGAAUUAAUGUCGGUCUCUUUUGAGAUUGACAAUUCGGCCAAGCUUGUCAUGGUUCAGAUAUCUGUUCUGAGUAUUGUAGAUAGUUGAUAAACUUUAGAGUGGACUCAGAAGUGAGCCACCCGAAUAGAAAGUUACGGCAAUAUACGCAUUUGAUCGGUACAUCGUAGGUUGGCCAGCGUGAGGGAAAUCGUAGAAUGGAUCGUUGUUGACAUGCUCACUUUUAUUAGACUCCUACGUGAAAGAAUACUUCUGAAGGCAAUUAACUGGCGACGAAUGCACGAAGGCUACCCAGGUUGUAGUGGAGGUGAGGUACCUAUUCAAGUUCGUCGUUUCGAAGGACCCGGGUAUACCAAAGCCCUUUUACUUGUGUUCUUCGCCGGUCUUCGGGAUAGGAGUUUGGGAAAUUGAGAAAUGUUUUUUCUGCUGGAAGUAGUUUUCUGCUACACUCUGCAGUUCACGGAUUUUUUUCAGGUUCUUCCCUGUCUGCUUUGUAAACUAUUAGUUGGGCAAGAUCGUCCAAAGGUUAACUAAGAUUCAAGUUCUAUUUUAGCGAAGACUAGACGUCUACAUAUUUUUCUCACGCUUAGAAAACUUUGGAAACUGUCCGACAUUGCAUAUGUAUUGAGUUUUGAGAACUGUGGCUAGCGUGUCACUUCCUCUCAACAAGAAGGUUUACAGUUCUCGAGAUUUACUACCCAUAAAAACUUCUUGCAAAUUUAUCUAGUGUAUAGUUGAUUUCAUUCACGCUGCACGCACUCGAGGGAUUAGAUGCGACGCACGGAAUGAAAGUGUUUUUUGAUUCCGGACAGUAAUGCUACUACAUUUUUGGAUGA